UAUUAGCAUGAUAUUCGAUUGAAUUUUAUAUCGAAGCGAAUAUUAUAACUCUUUAUAUUCAAUUCAAUAGUCAUCAUCAUUCAUAAGAGGUUUCGGACCAAAGGACACUCAUUAUCUUUCUCUCCCGUCCUUUCCACCGCGACUGGUUGUUAUCAACUCGCUUCUGACAAGACCACUAGUCGAUAUUCGAUGGUGGAGAAAUAAUAAUAUCUCGUCAGUGUACUUGGCCUCUCGUUUUCUUCUUUUUUUUGCGGCGGGUCGUAGGGUCAAACUCGGAACAUAUAAUCGUCUGCAUACGCAAAUGCGGCUGCCGCCGCGGCUUAUAUUUCGCCGAUUUGCAUCACUGACAGUACAAGAUCGAAAGCUGCAAGAACGCAACUCGCGUCCGAGACUUGUCCUUCGUAUUGUUAAAUAAUUGACAAAUAUCGGUGGUACAACGGAACGAACCAAGUCAUGGUCGGCAUCAGUGUCUCUUGGAUGGUGAAUCUCGGCUUCAGUUUCGUGCUGACGAUAUUCCUGAUACCGCUCCUCCUUAUCGCGUACUUAGUGGUGACAUGGACAAGGAGAUCUUGGAUACGCUUCGUCAAGUGGAAGUAUCCGAAUUACGUCGUCGUGGAGGAGACCAAUAUUCGGAGUAUCUUGGAUCAGGGACGUACCCAUGGUAUCUGCACUCUUCUCGUGCAAGGACGCUCAAUCGUGAAGGGCGUGAGGAAUCACCUAGCGCAUCUGGCGUCUACGAGAAAGUCUCUCAGAUCGGCUCUCUUCACACGAUGGGGCGUGUAUGUUUGGAAGGAGCUCGAUUACUCCAUCGACAAUCACCUCGUGAAUUCGCCGUGCUUGUUUCGCGGUCGUCCCAUCACCGAUAACAACAUACAGGAUUACAUAAGCGACGUGACGUCGAAAUUUCUCCCGAAGAGAUUGUCGCCGUGGCAGGUGCACAUAGUGAACUGUUUCAUGCGAGGGGAAGAGCAUCAGAUAUGUCUCGUGCGGGCGCAUCAUUUGCUUCUGCGACAAGAGCACCUGACCUUAGCGGAUUUCUUGCCACUGAAGUAUUCGACGGAUAACUGGACGUGUCAGGAGAGCGAUUCGCCCUUUACCAACUUGUAUGCCGAGCCCACAGCUCUACCGCGCCUUCGACAGAUGCUUAUCGAGAGCUUCAGUAACUAUUGGAACGAUUUCCUCUACAACAAUGAUCCCGUCGAGCGGCCGGAGAUUCUGAAGAAGCGCAUAGGAGUGUCCCGAUGUGUCAAAAUCGCGAUAAUAGUGCUAGUCUGUACUUUGAAAGAAUUGACCAGACAAUGCCGAAAGUCAAAAGGGUUGAAAUUCUUGGAACUUCUAUCGAUCAUCCAACGCAAAUCGAGUAAGAGAAACUUUAGUCUUCACUUGAUACUCGAGUCCAUCGCGAAGUCCUUCAAUCCGAUCAACAUCCUCUACUCUUGCGCCGCUUUGUCUUGGUACAUCACAAUCACGUUGUGCUUAAGAACGCCUCUUCUCCUCGUUCAAGAAUUGCAGGCUUUAAAAUCGCACAAACAUUGCUAUCCGGAUACCUUGACAUAUAUAUUGUCCUGCUAUCUCUCUCUGAUAUUCCAAGCCAUUCGAGAAGUAGUAUCUAUCAGCUGGAUAGCCGUAACGGCACCCAAGAUCAUUAUUGAGGAGCUGUUUCUGAAGCAUCCGCAGUCAAAUCAACUGCAGACCAUCUCUCCAUGCGGUAGGAAGGUGGUGGCUUGGUCAGAGGAGGUCGAUGUCGAGCUGGUGCGGGAAAUCAUCAACGUAACUGGUGCGACAGAGACGGAAAUUCUCUUAGCGGCCACCGUAAAUACUCUAAAGGAAUAUUUCAGGCAUUCGGCCGUCAAUAUUCCAGACAAUGUACUCGCGACCGUCAAGUUUGUGAGUCAACGGGACGUGUUCUUGCGGAACCACGAGGCCCGAGGUAUUCUCUGUCUUGCGUUACCCACCAAGACGCCAUUGUUUCACGAUGAUCUCAUUGAGAUACUGCAGGUGAUUCAACGAAAUAUUCAAGAAGCCAGGUCUAGGCAGAGUGCGAUUUACGCGAUCACAGCAGCGGAAACGUCCUACGGAUUGAUCUCGUCCUGCCUACCUGCCAUUGUUUUGAAAUUACUCUUGAAUCACCUGUCGAAAAGAUACUCUCUGUGUUUGACGCAUGUCGAUGGUGAUCUACCUGUGGAAGGAGUGGACGGAGCGAUUUAUUGGCGACCACCGCAAGGAAAUUGCAACAUGUCAAUGACCUUACACAGGCUUGGAAACGGAGUACGUCUUGGUAUAAUGGGAGACGCGUUAAUCGGCCCGCAGCAUUUUAUCAUAGCGAGAAUGUUUCCUCAGAGUAUACAAAAUCUCGCCAACAUUCUAGGCGUUUCGAGGGCAUCCAGUCGAAGCCCAAGCCCUAAUGCACAUAAUCCAAUGACAUCUCCAGGAUAUUGAGAUACAGUGAAAGGAAUUUAACAAUGAAAGGAAUUUAAUUUUUCUUCAU